UGCUGAUAAGCUUUUCGUCAAUAUUUUCAUCUUCUUCUUGACAAACUUGUUAACGGAUUUAUUUUAUUCCAUUACGUGUCAUGAAUUUACGGCCUUCCCUCUUCUUACAUGUGUUUACCAACUUCGUUAAUAUGGGUUUGUGUACACUGUUUAAAUAAUGCUCCUAUGCCCCUAAACAUGAUGGCGUUAUAAAUACAAAAAAUGUUGACGUUUCGAACAGUGACGUAUGCAGCACAGAAAAAGAACCGCGUGGUUCAUAUCUAUCUCACCGGCUUAAGCAGACGUACAAGCACGCUUACUGCGAAGAGAAAAAGCGAGAGAAUGCUCGGCACACAGCUUCUGUUCUGUGCACGCAUACAACAUUCACAUUGCGCGAGAACGACCAUGCGCAAGAGAUGAAGUAUUGAACGAAGACGGCGUGCGUAAUAUGCCGGAGCUGCGUGUAGUAUAUGUUUGUUUGGAGCAGUGGAUUUACCAUAACGAUGUUGCUUGUAAAAAACCCCACACGAUCGUAUGAUGAAGCGCUCUUCGCUCAGCACUCUUCGCUCAGCGCUCUUGUUUUUACUGACCGUUCUCACUCAUGGUGGAGCUUACGCUUCGCAUCAACCGGUCUUUGCCAGUGUAUUGAUGAAAACACUGGGAGAGCGUUAGAAACAACAGUGUACGCAGUCACAUGCAACUCUUUGAUAGUUCCAUUGCUGCUGUUGACCGGUUUGGAUGACAUUGAGGUCGACGUUAAACUUAAAAUGGGGAAAGGCGGAUCGCACAUACAGGUAGAACAGGAGAAGGUUAGACAGCAAGCCAAAGGCAGGGCAUUGUUACGACAAGAACGAAAAACACUUGAGACGACCAUCGAGCAACAGUUCAAAGCCGUUAUUAACAUCACUCCACCGACUAGUGAUAGUUUGGCAGAGUUUGAUAGGCUUCUAGCAGAUGAUCAGUUAAAGCGACUUGAAGAUUUGGUAGAACUUAUGAAGUUUUGGGAUGCUCCAAAUACGAUACCAGAUCCGAAAAGCUUCCUCUAUUAUGCACACCUCCAACCGCUGUUGGUACAAAUGCUGGAAGAUAUUGCCCAAUAUCGUGCCUACUUGGAGCGCUUUAUUAUUCGGUUCGGAGCGGAAAAUGAGUGUACCGCACCGAAACAAAAUCCACAAUCAAAGUCAGAUACGACGAAACCUAGUGCUCCAAUACAUUAUGCCGUUCUGCAAUUGAACGGAGACUUCCUCGACUGGCUACUAGCCCGCGAUAAUACAGAUGUGAAUCUGCGCAACAGCUUCAAACAAACAGCCCUUACACUGCUGUGCGAAAACUAUGACCAGUGCAUGCGGAAAUCGAUGCAAGCAUGUCCUCCCGGUUGGUUGGCAGAGAUUCGGACGCUCAUCAAACAGUUGCUAGAGAAAGGAGCUGACUUUAACAUCUGCAGCAUCCAUAUGAAGCUACCAUUCGAACUGCUGCUCAAGCAUUGUGGACAUGACGAAACGCGCUCAUUCGUCGAACAAUGCGUUGACAAAGCUCAGCGUGCACUGGCCAUAUGCAGUAUUAACGAGCGCAACGAGCGUGUGGUUGGAUUCUACAAUAACAACCCCAACGUGUGUGUCACUGUGGAGCUGCUGGAAAUCUUUCUGCGCUAUAACGACUGCAGCAAUUUUGCCAAAUAUCUGGCACAUUUCGAAGUAAACGAAGCGAACGUAAAGAAAGUGAUAAGGCUGCUGUUGCAUACGGCUUGCGACCAGAAGUUAUCCGAGUGUUUGAGGUUAGUUUUAGAUCGCGGCGAGAAACACAUCUUCAAGGUAACCCAGCGCAAACCUACACGGGUUGCAACUAUUCAUUCCAAGGACCCUAAUGCACCUGGUACGAGCAGUGUCGACCUACAUCGAGAAUACAGCAGGUUCGAGAGCACGGAGGUACAGAAAGGUUCUGAGCUUGAGCAUCGUGUGGAGUUGAAAGGUUUGCUGAAGAAGGUCUGCCUGAUGGCGGAUCUGCCCCUGUUGCAACGACUUUUGGCGAAGAUAUCCGAUUUGAUUGUGUUGAAUGAUGAUCCGUUACUGGUGAAUACGCUUUCCAAAGCCUAUGACUUCAAGCGCCGUAUUGAGGAGCGGAAUGCGCUGCUUGCUUGCGCAGAGUACCUAGCCACUCAGGAAACGAUUCACAUGUCUAAGAAGGACAACUCGGGUAAUACAUCAUUACAUCUAGCACUCAAGUAUGGGUUCGAAUCGGUAGCACUGGCACUAUUACGCCAAAGGCAUACCUAUUUGGGGAUGUGCAACAAUGACAAUUUAACACCGCUCGACUAUGGUACGUACGGGUUCUGGAGAAAGUAUCUCGAUCAAUGUAUCGAGAUAGAUUUGAAGCGUUCGAUACCAGAUCGCGACGAGAUACGCUUCAACCUGAACGGGUUCUACUCCUCGUUACAAGAUAAAGCCUUUCAAGAUGUCGCCAACCCUACCGUUAAUGCUGGCGGUACGGCUAUAUCCAGCAGGCCGCGAAGAAUGCAUCGCAGCUGGAAGAUGAUACAACACAUGGAUAAAAGUUACACGCAACCCCAUAAGUUCACCAGCACCGUCACAGAAAUGACGACACUGAGACAGAUCGCCCAAUCGAAGGAACUGAAACGUUUGCUCAUCCAUCCCGUCCUGUACACCUUCAUUAUGGUAAAGUGGACACGGUUAUGCCAUUGGAACUACCUGAAUUUGCUCUUAACGGCUCUAACGAUAGUGUUCUUUGGUCAUUACUCACUAACCGCUUGUUCAGCCGAAGGUCCUAGCACCUUGCUGUUGAUUUUAAGCAUUUUUGGAGUCGUGUUUGUCGUCAUACGUGAGCUACUACAGUUAUUGUUUCUGCGCCGGUCGUACUUUUCAUUUGAGAAUGUGCUCGACAUAGUGAAUGCGAUAGCGAUGGCCGUCGCGUUAGGGAUCGGUUGCCAUGGACUGUUGUCAUCCUUCGUAAUCAUCAGCCUAGCCAUGCAGCUUACCUUUCUGAUGGGAUCAUUGCAGUCGAACAGUCUCGCCACGAUGAUGUACAUGUUUAAGACGGUUUCGAAAAAUUUUCUCAAGAGCUUCCUACUCUUUAUGCCACUGAUCGGUGCAUUCAUCUAUGCGUUCCACCUCACGUACAACCAGUCACCGGAUCAGCAAGAUCAGGUGUGCGAAGAAAAUGAUUGUGCGGAGGACAACUUCAAUAAUUUCCGCACAUUCUGGAACGCCACCGUGAAGACGCUGGUGAUGACGACUGGCGAGUUUGAGGCGGCAGCCAUUAACUUUGAAGGUGGCAAGAUGUUGCUGUUCAUACUGUUUAUGUUCUUUGCACCGAUCGUUAUCCUUAACUUGAUCAACGGUCUCGCGGUUAGUGAUAUUGCCGCCAUUCGGGAGGAGUCGGAGCUGAUCAGCAUCAGCAAGAAGGUGUUGCUGCUCGAGCAGUACGAACGUGGCGUCGCCAAUGUGUACCCAGCUUGGCUGAAGCGGUUCUUUCCGAAGCCAUUUUUCUCCGAGUAUCAGUGCCGCAUACACGUGAAGACGAAGGAGUAUCGUAAAAUAGUGGUACACGCUAAAUUGCAACCAAAACAACCGGCAAAGGGUGCCCAUGGAACGAAUGCUAUACCGAACAACGUUCAAGGUACUGCCAAUAAUCGGCAACAUGGAUCGUCACAAUGUUCCGUGCAGAUACCCGUUGGAAAUCCCGGCAAGCAAAAAGUGUUGGAAAAGUCACUCUCCAAGUUUCCCUGGCUGUUGACGAGUGAGUCAUGUAAUUACAUAUUUGACGUACGCAUCUUCCGCCUUGCACUGUUCAUGCGCCAGGAUCAGGCGAUUGUGGAUGAAGCGUUAGCAAUAAUCGAGAAGCAACAGGCGAUCGCUUCCAUCGUCGCAACUAAAAGUACACCCACCACUGAGACGCCGGUCACGCUGGUAAAUAGCAUUGUUCCUGUUGCUGUUCGACAGCAACGUACGAUCAGUCCCGGACCACUCACAAAGCAGCGCACUAAUAUACCGCCGACUCAGAGUGCAGAUGAGGUAAUGCGGGAACUAACGGAUGUGAAGGCGCAGUUAAAAACGGUGCUAGACUUACUUAGACGCAAAGAGAAGCAGGAAAAGCGCAAAGACACACAGCUAGCCCGCGAUAAGGGUUUUAAGCGUAAGGCAAAGAAACGAGUCCGAAAGGGUUUAAAGAAGGCUAUUGCUGAACAAGAAAUAGGGGAUCAGUACGUAAGAUAACAUGCAUCUUAAAGUUUAGAUAAGAUAGCGUUAGUAAGCAGCUGAGCAUGGUGCGUAAAAUCUAGUGCUAUAGCCUCAAAUAUUCAAUGCUGCUCAAUUUUAAUCGGAGCGACAACACUUUUUUAUCAUUUUCUAGCAAAGCACGGAAACGUUAUUAUAUCUGCAUCGUUCAACGGUAGCUUUGAUGUGCCACGCUGGUGUUUUUUUAUAUUCUGUGAUUUUUUUACCAGCCCUAUUACCACAGUAUGUGCCAAGUGUAAGAAACAAGAGAUUUUUUUAAUAAACACUGUUUGGAACAUUGAAGCAAACAAGGGAAAGAAUUUUGUUAAAGCAAAAAAGAAACGAAUGGAAAAGUCAAAAACCAAUUGUGCCACAUUGCGCACUGUCAACCUGUUAAAUUAUGCUGCAAGAUCUGCUGAUGAAAAUGUACAAUAAUAUAAUGAUCUGAUUUGGGUUUAGCCGUCUCGCCGGAACCGUUGAGGGUCCGUGUCUCUGGUAGGGAGAGAGUGUUUUUUUCCUCCGCUAGGUUGACAGGUUCUGUAUAAUUUGUGCACCGGAAAAGGGGAUGAGGUUGAGAAGGAGGGUGACCAAAAAAAAAGGGAACAGAAUUCCCCUUGUUUGCGUACUGUGUGAUAGACCAUUUUCGGUGUGUCGGCAAAUCGUUGCACUUAGAUCGGACUGCUUUUAUUUUGCUUCAGUCUUUUUUUCGUUUUGCACUGCUCUUUUUUUGUGCAGAGGGUGCCCGGGACUCAAGGCGCUGCAACUAUUAGCAUGCAAAUCUAUGCAAAUUAUGUUUAUAAUAGUGUCAAUAAAUUGUGAAAAUUCGUAAAUUAUAAGUAAUAACACGCGGGUGACCGAGCGGGAACGCGAGACCGCGGUCAUGAAACGUGCGAUCCAGAGCGUCCCGGAUCGUGAUUGCGCUUUGCAAGGUAGGCGGCACGCAUUCCACACGUCAAAAAGUAUAGUGGAUUCUUUCGCUCAGCUUAGAUGAUUUUUUUAAAAAAAUUGUUUUAGGUGAUACAUUUUUCCACUUGAAGACUGUGAGAGUGGCUGUGUUUGAUCUUCCUUUCUGUUCCCCACGCACUAACCUGGGAUCAUAACGUGAAACCCCUUGGUUUGCCAGGACAUCUUGUUUCCCGAAUUUCAUUUGAUAUGGUUUUUUACCCCCUUACCACCCCCCGCCUCUCCCAUUCAACCCUGUUUCCCUUACUCGGGUUGACUGUGCUAUUGUGAUGCAAAUUAGUCCUGCCAAUUGUUUGAUUUAAUUUCAUCUCGCCGCGCCCGGCACCCUUCGCCUCAUCCGAUGUCCGGAAUCAGGGGUUGACAGUUAUGACAUUCAAUAAGCUGAAAUAAUUUAAAUUGUUAAUCCCCCCUCCGUUAAUGCCUCGCGCACCCGUUCGAUGUUCUCCACCAAUUUUUACCAACUCCCUUAUAUUUCGCCCGGUGCACCGUGAUCAAAUCGUUCGGUUUUGAUGAUGGUAGCUUUACCGAAAGGACUCAUAGUUCCAUAGUUUUCUGUAUUGUGAAACGGAACUAGAUGAGUGACGCGAGUUUGGAUUGCGUUUAUGACCUUCCCCAGCCGAGCGUCAGAUUUAUUUCUAUUAAUCGAAUGUGAUCGUAGUACAAAUUGGAUAAAGACAGACACGUUACAAUGGACGGUGUCAUACGCACGGCGUGAUUAAAAUUACAUACCGCAGUCAUCUUUUGGGUGGUGGCGCUACGUUAUUACGCUUCAUUCCGGUUUGUGUGUGAUGAUCUUAAAAUAAACUGCGAACAUUGAUAAGCGUGAGCCGAAGACGGUGUCACACAUCUUUCCCAUGGGUGAAAGCAGCCUGCCGAACCCGUUAACGAGCUGAUAGCGUACAUAUACCACAGGACUAGGGGCUGCUACGAGAUUAAUUUAAUUUAGCACUAGCGCAAACCACAUCUACUGAUGCGUCCCCCGGGGGAACACGCAUACUGCGUACUACACGUGGGGGCUUUAUUUUUACGAUUAUGACCAAGAGAUUACAUGUCAUAUGUGGGUAUCGUAAAAUGCGCUCGAUUUGUUGUCGCUCAAAAACGUGUGUGUGCGCUCUUUUUAUACAUAUUUUCUUUCAUCACACUUUACGAGGCUGACGCGUGUCGAACGGUUUUUUUUGCAGUACAAAAGAUUGACAGCUCAUGUCCGGAUCAUUUGUACUCGGCAAACCAAAUUAGAUAUCGUGUGUACGGAUAUUCUAAGUUUUUAAAAACGCUUCGUCGUCAUCCACACCACGGGACGCCACAUGAAGCGUUCGCGUGUGUGAUAAUGCGUUUGCCCCAUGCGGUGGAUGUGUGUCUACAUACAUAUAUUCUUCUUCUCCUUCUUAGCUUUUAACGACCUUAAGCAGCGGGGCCCCGACAGUUGAGACUUUCCCUCAAACUUCCUAUCCAUCUUGACCGUGGUA